UAGAUAUUUUCAGGAGCCGGUGUCAGACGGAGGCACUAGGUCUAACCCUGCCUUAUCUCUUUAUAUCGCGCAUUUUUACUCAACUGUUUACAAAACAUUGCAGGGGAACUGCCGUAGCUCGCGUUAGGUUUUCAUCCUUUUGCCGGGACUACGUUUUUGGCUAUAUUUUCCUGGGCCACAGGGACUGUUUUGUUGUCUGCUAUUCGGAUGAAAGGAUCCCUACCGCAUUUUUGUUCCUGCAACGUGGACUCGGAGCUCAGCACGGGAGAGUCGCACUGUCGGAAUAAAACUACUCCUUUCAACAAAACAAAAACGAAGACGAAGGGCACACGUCGUUGACCUGCAGUGGAUAUUAAAGGAAUGCUGCUGUCCAAGCUCAAUUCUCUGGCCCACAUCUCCACCGUAGACAUGCCGGCGAAAAUCCAGCUCCAGGUUCAUCAAGUGAAGGAGAGGGAGCCUUUCGAGAAGCUUUAUCAGGUCGGCGCCGUGCUGGGCAGCGGCGGCUUCGGAACCGUCUACUCCGGAACGAGGAUAGCCGACGGAGCUCCGGUCGCUGUCAAACAUGUAGCCAAGGACCGAAUCUCGGAGUGGGGAGAGCUGCCUAACGGCUCCCGGGUCCCAAUGGAGAUCGUCCUGCUGAAAAAAGUCGGGACGGGCUUCCGCGGAGUUAUCAAGAUGCUGGACUGGUUCGAGCGGCCGGACAGCUUCAUCAUCGUAAUGGAGAGACCCGAGAACGUCAAGGACUUGUUCGACUUCAUCACCGAGAAAGGUGCCUUACCGGAGGACCUGGCGCGGAGCUUUUUCCGCCAGGUGCUGGAGGCCGUGCGGCACUGCCACAACUGCGGCGUGGUGCACCGGGACAUCAAAGACGAGAACAUUCUCAUCGACCUCCGCACCGGGGAGAUGAAGCUCAUCGAUUUCGGCUCCGGAGCCCUGCUGAAGGACACCAUUUACACGGACUUUGAUGGCACAAGAGUAUACAGUCCUCCAGAGUGGAUCAAGUACCAUCGCUAUCACGGGCGCUCUGCCACAGUUUGGUCCCUGGGUAUCCUGCUGUAUGACAUGGUGUGCGGGGACAUCCCAUUUGAACAUGAUGAGGAGAUCAUGAGGGGGCAGGUCUUCUUCCGGAGGAGAAUCUCACCAGAAUGCCAGCAGCUAAUCAAGUGGUGUCUGUCUCUGCGGCCAGCUGACCGCCCAUCCUUCGAGGACAUCUUCAACCACUCGUGGAUGCAGAGCACGUCCUCCUCUGUAGUACCGUCAUCUGUGCAGACAGAUAACCAGACCACAGAAAUCAGACUGCACAGCAUCGGCCACGAGCCCUCAGCCUUCACACCCACCCCCGUGGCCGUGGCUCGGUGAUAGGGGCGUGGACAGUUGGAAUUGGGCUGUUCUGGUCCGAACUGGACUGCACUGAUACAAAAGACUUAAAGCAGAGUGGAGAGGAACGUUGGCCACCACACCCCAGAGCAAAGUGUAUGGAACUGCACACAUCUGGCAGUUUCGGCCUGGCGGGUCAGACCCUCUCCACCGUCACGACCCCAACUACUUGAGUUUCCCAGCCAUUAGUGUCAUGACAUUAUCCUCGCUGGACGCUGAUCUAGGCACCGGACGUCCGUGAGUCUGCAAGAGGGCGUGCUCUGGACGCACCUGCUCUGAGCAAACACAGCACAUGUGUGGCUGUUGUGCUGAAUGGCAAGAGGACAGAGUUACAUAAGCUCUCGUUGCACCGCUCUCUCCCUCAAGAUCACAGCAAAGAGGGAAAAGCAAAGACGCUGGUGAAGAGAAGCUUGACUUUUGUUUUGUUUUUUUGUUUUCUCAAAGAAAAGUGCCUUCUGUGAGAUUGUUGGGGGGUAGGCGCCUGAAAAUACUUGAAUUUGUGAAUGCAAAAAGGCUUUUCAUCAAUGGCCUUUUUGCUCCUUACUCUCUACAAGGCUUUAUAGCGUUUAUUGCUGUCACUGUUUUUCCUCUCGUGGGCCUAGAUCAGUAAAGCCUAUGCCAUUUAUAACCACUACUAUCACUAUUUCUACUACUCCAAUGUCAUUAGCAACCAGACAACCUCAUAGCUCCGGCAGCAACCUGUGCAAACAAGUCAUAAAAAAAACAAAACAAAAAAAAACACUGGACUUACCUCACUCUUUACUACAGCAUCCACCUCUAUUCUACAACCUCUGCUUCCUCCUCCUUCUUGUGUUGUAUACAAACACAAGGCUUAGGCAACCGCUCAUUCACACCCACCUGAAUGCACACCACAAUGCAAAACCAUACCGAGAUACAACAUCCUCUGCUCUUUAAUUUUUUUUCUUAUAAACAGUGCCUCACGCAGGUCUUAAAAAAUCGCUGGGGACAAGAAUUGUAAAUAAGAAUGAUAUUUAUUAUUGUGUCUUCUUUUUCACACUCAAUGAGGUUUUGUUUGUUUUGGUCACAGAUCUUAUUUAUUUAUUUAUGAGAGAAUUUCGGCUGUUGGUGUGUGUGUGUGUGUGUGUGUGUGUGUAUAUAUACAAAUAUAUAUAUAUAUUUCAUUCCACCAUCACUGAAGGGCCCACAUUAUUUAAAAAGAAAAGCAGAGAUGUGACCAUAUUUAUGGCUUGAAAAAUUUGAAAAGAGCAGAUGUGUAUGUUUGUAUGUGUUGUACAUAACAUGUAAAUAGUCCCAAAAGCACUUCCAUCCUAAUGUAUGUAAACAUCCAAUGUCUACUGAUGGUAACUGGUUUUCGUUGCGCUGUUUGAGUGAAUGUUGUGAGUGUGAGUGAGAGACUGAGAAGACUUUUCUGGCUGCAUGAUCGCAGCUUGGAUAGUUUUUUUUGUUUUGUUUAUUUCCAUCUUUUCAAAUUAGAAUUGUAAAUUAUUUUAGAAGCUAUUUUUAUACAAUUUCAAUAAAUAUGUUUUUUUUAAAACUA